UCUCAGCGAUCGCAGCACAGACCAACUAGCUUCGAUACCUGCUGGGCUUCAUCCAGGUCCAGCGUCCUGUUUGUUCAUUUAAACAACACCUUUGAGAUCCCCUCAAGCUUCAAUACGAUGAGCCAACCUCCAAUAAAUCGCGGACAUGGACGAAACAUAUCAGUGACGAGACCGGUUCGUCCACGGUCCUCGACUAAGGGUCCGCUCGACCUGGACGACACGCCUCUGAAUGACCCGUUGUCGCCAAAAGCCGCCGCCACAGAGGGCAAGCCGCAGCAACGCCCGAUAUCAGGACAACGCUCGCCAGCGCUGCCUCACUCCCCCGCAGCACCGCCCGUGAAGACGACCGUCACCAAGGACUUUGGCUUUCUCCUCCGGCCCGAGAUCUACCACACCGUCCAACCGGUCAACGUCCCGGUCGCGUUUAGGAACUCAUCUAAGCAGCCGGCCGCCGAUGCUCCGCUCGAAGACCUGCUGGCAAAGGGCCAUUUCCGCACCGCCGCCAUCGCCGCGGUUCAGGAGCUGACGGCCACAGGCGGCCCUGCCCGGCCUAGGGUCGAACCGUCGGAUCACCAGAGGAUCUUCAGCUUGCUGUACACGAGGCUGGCGUGUCUCACGCUCAUCGACGCGACGGCGGUGGCGGCACAGGAGGUAAGAGCGCUAGAAGAUUUGAAUGCGGGCGUCUACAUUGACGAGACUACGGGCGAGCACCUCGUCCCUUGGGAGCUGCGCGUGCUCAACGUGCGGCUACAGGCCCUCGGGUUCAGCGACCCACGCAGAUCCGUCAUGAGUUACCACGACCUGGCAAGGGAGGCGCGCGAGCAGAUUAGCAAGGCGACGGCGCGGCACGACAACUCGGCAAGGGAGCUCUGGAAGGCGCGGCUGCAGGAUCUGGGUGUUGCUGUCGCGGGUGCGCUGAUCGAGAUGGAUGACCCUGCUGGCGCGGCGCAUCACUUGGCUACGCUCAAGGACCGCGGGGACGGUAAGAUGGCGCUUUCGAGGGCUCUGAUGUGGCUUCACUUGGGGGAUGCGGACGCGGCGCGGCGCUGCGUCGUGCGAGGCGAGAAUGCUGGGGAGGAUGGGAAGCAUGCUGAGGAGGUUGUGGGCGCGCUUUGUCAGAUGGCUGAUGGGGAGUACGAGGCGGCACUUGCAUCAUGGAGAGGGCUGAGGGAGGAAGUCGCGGACGAGAUGGUCGGCGUCAACAUGGCGGUGUGUCUUCUUUACACUGGCAAGUUGACAGAGGCACGAGCCAUUUUUGAGGACAUGGUCGGAUCCGGGUACUCAUCGCACACCCUCCUCUUCAACCUCAGCACAACCUACGAGCUAUGCACGGAGCGGAAUCGGAACCUCAAGGUGAGGCUGGUUGAUAAGGUGGCCGAUUUGGAGGAGACUCCAAAGGGCUGGGAAAAGAACAACGCCGACUUCAAGCUAUAAAUCAAAAAAUAAAGAGAAGGUCAUGAUGAUCAUAUGAAAUCCUAUGGAGCCAAGGAUGGGAUGUCAUGUAUUACUGUGCAGACAAUGCAGAGUGCCUUCAUUCCCGUCCGUGUGGUCCGAAAACGGACUACCCAAUCAGAGCCAAUAUUACCCCUGUCGCCAA